CGACUCGACAUGGCGCAUCCCGAGAACACACAAAACGGACCGGCAUUCGAGGGCAGUACGGACUGGGAAAGUUUUGAUUUCGGGGGUGGAUUCGUGUACGUCUAGUCUACCUUUUUCUUCUCUUCUCGUCUUUUCUUUGGUGUGCGUGUCCUACAAAUCGAGUAGGUGUGAGAUAAUCCUAGAGGUUGCUACAAUGACGGCGACGUAGCCCAGGAACGCCUGGAAAGUGGCUGCGGUACAUGGCUAUAUUAAGAAUAUACGGAUCUGGAAAUGGACAUCAAGGGCACGGCAUAGGAACCGCAUGAAAAACACAUAUAAACCACAUAGGAACCGCAUGGAAAUGGCAUGGGAAUGGUAUGGCAUGGUUAUGGGUCACUGGUAUGGCAUGGAAAUGGCAUGGAAAUGGCAUGGAAUAAUGGAAAUGGAAUGGCAUGGCUAUGGGGCUUCGAGUAUAGGCCAGACCAGAUUGCUGCUACGCAUGACGGACCGAAUCAUCAUGUAGGACAUGACUUACUUGGUAUGAAUGGAAUUUUGCCCAAUGGGACCAAUGGAUGCCGUCGGCACCAUCACCUGUACAUUGCAGCAACUCGAAACACAUCAGACGAUUGGUGGAACUUUGACCCAGCAGAUCAAAUUUUUUCGCAAUACUUAGAAGAUGCGACACUCCUUGACCCAUUUCACGAGGUGCCGCCGAAUCAAGAGACUGGAGUACAACCAACAAAUCCAGAAUGCAAGAAGCAAAUGGAGAAAAAGACGGCCAUGGCAGAAACAUCGCCCAAUCAACUAAGUUGCACCUGGCCAGGUUGCCACGCGGAAACGUUCUCGAGACCUUGCGAUCUGAAGAAGCACAAAGAUGAGCACAACAAGCCCUACCUUUGCCAGGAAUCGGCUUGUGGCAUUUCCUUCGCUGAUAAAGCAAGACUUCGACGCCAUACACUCGAGACGCAUAAGACGGCAGGUUACAAAUGUCCGUUUCCGGAAUGUAGCAGAUCGCAAAAGGCUUUUGCUCGAAAGUACAACUUGACACAGCACAUCAAAAACCGCCACGAAAGUUCGAAGAGACAAGCCAGUAAUCUUGAGGAUCUGGUUCUUCAAACACAUACCAUAGUAGGUAUGAAUGACCAUAUACCGGGCUUCGAGUAUGCUCAAGGAAGCACGCACGCCAUGGCUGCACUGAAGAAGGAAUUGCAACAACGAGAAGCAGAGAAGAAGGAGCUAGAACUGGUCCAAGCCCAUGUGGAGGCCGAAGUUGAGAGGCUGAAGAAGGCACUGGACAUCUUGGAUGAGUGAAGACGAGCAUUCGAACCCGGUCGACUGAUCGCAUGUUUUUGUUCUCAGCAUAUUGCUCGUCAUAUGGAAACCAUUUGCAUAGUCAAUUUGAGAACUUUGAGGACCCCAGAACACAAUAUCACCAUUCUUCUGGGUAAUCGUGUGGAUUCGCCUCGUCCUAGGUGAGACCUCUUUCACUGGGAAAUGUCACAUUCUUCCAUGGCCGUACGGAGUUCCUGUUGUUCGGUUUAGAGUCGAAAUUUCUGCUGCAGAGAGAAAAGAUUGUGAAUAUAUCUCGCCUCAGAUGACGUUGAAGUAUUGGAUAAAACUCUGAUCAUUCAACCCUGAACGCGCAGUCUGAUUG